UAACUAAAAUAUAAUACUAAAAAAGUGUUUGUCUAUUUAUGUAUAGUAAAUAAUAAACAAAUAAGUGAAAAAAAUUACGGCACCCUAAUAUUUGCAAUUUCCAUGAGAUCCAGUAUAUUAAUUUCUCAUAAUGUAGAAUGUCAAGCAGUAGAAAGUAGAAGUAGUGACGUUGCGAAGUUGCGACAAAAGGGGGCCAAACCGUCAAAUUUAAAAUUAUAACCUCAACAUAUUUGAAAUAUUUACAAAAAACAUCUGGAUACACAGAAAUACAAAAAUGAAGAGAUCUCCAAGGGUAAAGACUAAAGUGGAGCCUGACAUGAGUAGUGUUAUGAUUUCUGAUGACGAAGAUUUAACUAUGGUAAUGGCACACUCUCCACCAAAAAGAAUAACUAGAGAGCGUCGUACUAAAUAUGACAAAAAAUUUUAUGCAUUAGAAUUAACUUCAGAUGAAGAUGAAAUUAGUGACAAAGAGGAUAAGGAUGCAACAUUUGUCUUGGAUGAUAGUGUGAUUGAAGGCAAAAAAGAAACGUCUACUAAAUCAAAGCCAAAGCGAAAUCUAAACAACAGUUCUCUAGUUGAAAUCACAGAUGACGAGAGUGAUGUAGAAACCCCAGUAAAAAAAACUAAAAAGAGGGCACCAGUUAAAACAAAGCAACCAAUAGUAAAGGCACCGAUCGCAAAAGCCCCAAUAAAGAAGCCCCAAGUGAAGAAAGAACCAGCUGUAAAAAAACCACGAGUGAAAAAAGAACCAACUGUCAGAAAGACACAAGUAAAGAAGGAACCGACAUCAACAAUCUAUAAUGAAUUCAGUUCACUAGAUGAAACUGUAAGAGCUACUAAUGAAAACGUGAUACAGGAUGGUGAUGAAACAUUAAAGACUGCAAGUGCUAGAACCAAUCUAAAGAGGAAAAAUUCCAAAGUAAAAGCAGAAGCCAAAAGUGAUUUAAAUCCACCAAAAGCUAAAAAAUUAAAAACGGAAAUUAAUCUGCCAAGUACAAGUUUGGAAGCUAAACAUGUUAAUUUAAAUUGUGAGACAACAUGGAAAGAUCAUGAAUUAUUAGCAGAGAAUAUGAAUUUAAGCAAACAUAUUGCUUAUAACGUAAUUAAUCUUUUUAACGAUGGUAGUACAAUCCCGUUUAUUGCUAGGUAUAGAAGGACUCAAACAGGUAACAUGACUCCUGAAGAUUUGCGAGACGUUAAAAGUGCUUACGACGAUAUCUGCACCCUUAAACAAAAAAUUAAGACUGUGGUAAACACUUUAGAAAAGACUGGACAAAAAAAUAGGCAAAUAGAAUUAAUAGUCAAAUCUUCCAAAAGUUUAGAGGAAUUAGAAAUAAUUUAUGCACCUUACAAGCCAGAAGCGAAACGCACUUUGGCGGAAAGAGCCAAAUCAUUGGGUCUAGAGCAGCCUGCAACUGCUUUGUUCGAUAAUACUUGCCCUGUUGAUUUAAAUCAGUGGGUAGAUGCAUCCAAAGAAGAACUAAAAUCGCUCGAGGAUGUUCAAAACGGUGUGAUCCACAUCAUCGCACACAAAAUUGCAACGGAUUCUGAUAUGCUGUCCUUUUUAAGAGAUUUACGGCAGAAUAUCAAUUUCACUUUGGAAACCAAAAAACUUAAUGCCAAACAACCAAAAGCUAAAACGAAGAAGAGUGUUAUACAAGAAAAGCCUGUCGAUGAAUUAAAGUUUCAGACAUAUUUCGAUUACAGUAUUCCAGUGAAGUUUAUUAAACCACAUCAGGUGCUAGCUAUCAAUAGAGGGGAACAUCACAAGGUGUUAUCGGUAAAAAUUAGUCCGCCGCCGUAUCUGAUCGAUACUUACAAAAAAUUUUGUUUACAAAAAUAUAUAAAUCGAGGUGUUUUCAACGAGGACAGACGUACGAUAGUAGGAGAUGCGUGUAUCGAUGCCUUUAGUAGAUUACUUUUGCCUUCUAUGGUAAGAGAGGUCCGAUCGGAACUAAAAAUAAUGGCCGAAAAAGCGUCAUACGAAGUGUUUAGCAAAAAUUUGAAACAGAUUCUAUUGGCAGCUCCAAUAAAAGGAGAAAGAAUUUUGGGAAUAGAUCCAGGCUAUCACCACGGUUGUAAACUUGCACUGAUAUCUUCAACGGGGAAAGUUUUGGACCAGGGCGUUAUUUUUCCGCAUUCCGUGUCUGAUGAUAACAGAGAUAAGAGUAAGACUAUUUUAAAAGAUUUGCUGGAUCGACACGAUUGCUCAUUGAUAGGCCUUGGUGAUGGUAAAGCCAGUAAACAGACGGAAGAAUGGUUGUCCAAUUUAAUAAGGAAUAAAUAUUUCCAUCCUAAGGAUGUUAAGUAUACCAUUGUCACUGAAGAUGGCGCUUCAGUUUAUUCGUGCAGCGCAGAAGCCAAAAAAGAAUUUCCACAAAUGGAUACUAAUAUUAUUAGUGCAGUAUCAUUGGCAAGAAGAAUUCAAGACCCACUAGCUGAAUUAGUAAAAGUCGAACCCAAACACUUAGGAGUUGGAAUGUAUCAACAUGAUCUGAAGAAAAAGACUCUUGAAGAGGCUCUGGACGAAGUCGUGUCUGAGUGCGUUAGUUUUGUUGGAGUUGAUCUAAAUACUGCGUCCCAAUGUUUGCUCAGGCGUAUAGCAGGAAUAACAGACAAAAGAGCAACCGAAAUCAUCAAGUUUAGAGAGACAAACGGAGCAUUUAUUUGUCGCGACCAGCUUCUAAAAGUUCCUGGGAUCGGUCCAAAGGCAUUUGAACAGUGUGCGGGCUUUUUGAGGAUUGUACCAACUAACACAGCAUCUCCCUCAAAAUUUAGUAAGAACUACAAAAUUACAAAAUUGGACCAAACCAUUAUUCAUCCGGAAUCGUACGAUCUGACCAAAAAACUUCUGAAGUCUCUAAAGUUAAAUGAAGAUCACAUUGGCGAGGAAACAUUAAUACAAGGGGUUCAGGCUAUCAAGACCGAGUUACCUGAGGUGUGCGAGAAGCUGGAUACGAAUGUGGAAACUCUUAACCUUAUAAUUGAUGCCUUGGAAAAACCAUUGAACUACGACUUUAGAACAGAAGGUUCCCAGAAUACGUUUUUCGCUGUCGAACUCAAAGAUUUUGACGAUGUAUCUGUCGAUGACAAAAUGGUGGGAAGAGUGAAAAAUGUUACGCACUUCGGUUGCUUUGUAGAUAUAGGAAUUUCGCAGGAUGCCUUAAUUCAUUCCAGUAAAAUGAAUGGAUUGGAUUUGCAAAUAGGGGACCGUGUUAACUGCAUAGUCAUUACAGUUGACAAAUUGAGAAAAAGAAUUGGAUUAAAAGCUCUAUCCAAGCAGUGAUAUUUUUAAAUCGUUUUUGUUUUGUAUUUUCUAUGUUUAUUUGUAAGUGUUUACAAGUUUUUUUCUGGUAUGUAUAUAAAAGUGUCAACCUGUAUUAAUGGGUGUAUGUAAAAAGAACAGUCUCUAAUUUGUUAUUUUUGAGAUAGUUCCUUAUUGAUAGCAUCUAUACCCUUUUUCUGACGUCAGACCACUACCAAAACUUAGUUAGACUACCAAAACAUUAGACUGUGACUUUUCAUCAUAGCCAUGUUUAUUGUCAUUACUUGUAAGAGAUAUUUUUCUUUGUUUUUACUGUACAAAUAGUAUCUACAGUCGGAAAAAUGAAAGAAUACCCAUGAACGAUCAUAUCAAGCACAUAUUUUGGAUUUGCUGCCUUUUUCUAUAAAUAACAAAGGAGAGAGAUAGAUUAUUAAGUGUUGUCUGCUAAGCAAAAACGUUAUCCAAGACAUACGCAGUUACAUAUUUAUAAUUGACAGAGUGAGACGGCGAUACAAUUGUUCAACGUAGUAAUAUUAAUUUAGUAGAAAAUUUAAACUCACACUUGACUAUUUCUAUACUUCUACUGUCAUUCUUAGAAAAACAUUCAACAUCAGUAGAGAUGAACAUCAGUAGAUAAUGAUUGUAUAAACUACUAUUCGAGUAAUCGUGCUGGUCAACUAUAAUCUGACAAAUUUAAUUUUUGUCACUUUGACAGUGAAACUGGGUUAGGUUCGAUAGAGUUUAUAAAUUUUAAUAAUCAGUCGUAUUUACUUGAAUAAACUCAGUUCUUUUAAAAGCUAUUUUGAUAUUAUAUUGUAUUUUUGGUUUGGUAAGUAUUUAUUUGUAAGUAAUCAUCUGUCAGUAUGGUUAACUUCUGUCUAUGAGUUUGCCAAACGUGUACAUAUUAGUCUGACUUUUCAAUCAUAGUGUAUCAAAUUGCAGAUUAAUAUAUUUUUACGAAUGUACAUUUAUUUACAGAUAAUAUCUGGAAAAUGAUCUGGAUACCAAAAUGAUCUGAAUUCAUUAAGUCAUACUUUCAUUAAAGUCACUUAAUGCAGGUGACAUAAACGACAUUUUUUAAAUUCCUGUUACUAUUUACGUCCGGCAACUUUAACAUGGAGAAAUUCAUAAUACUAUAUUUGCUUACUCAUUAUUUUUGUAGUAUUAAUCUAUAUCAAAUAAUUAAUUACGGUAGUAAAAGUAACAUUUAUUAUGGUAUGUUUAACAGUAAAUGGUUGAGUUCAAUUAGUUACCACUAUAAACAUCCUGGAUUAACCGAUAAUAGUAUAAAAGGCCCGGUUUCAGGUAAAAUUUAUUUCAGGCUUUAUUAUGGGAGUACCGUCUAGUCAGUGUUAAUUGCAAAAGACCAACUCUGUCUACCUCGGUGGCUUAUCGCUCCGGGUGGGUCUUAACAAUGGGCCAGGUCAGAUAAAUUUAAUAAUAUUUACGGCCGCACUAAUUGAACUCAACCAUUUACUGUUGAACAAAUCAUACUAAUAAAUAUAUAGGUAUUAUCAGAAAAAGAAUAACAUCACAAAAAAUUUUUGACACAUUUACGUAGCGAAAAAUCGUAUGGUGGGGUAGUAGUCACAUCCGUUUUUUUACAGUAUUAACUUGUUUAGACGUUGUUUUGACUAGAAAUUUUUGAUUUGAUUCGUAUGCAUAUCAUCGAUGACGCAUGGGUAUUCUUUCAUUUUUCCUACUGUAUAAUUCUUUAUUAUUCUCAUUAAUGAUGUCAAUCGGUUUUCAUUACUUGUCGAAAUAUAUAGUGUGUCCACGGUUGGGGUGCCCAAGAGGAAAAACUUUUUAUUUUCAAUUUUAGCGAAAAAUGUCAUUCUUGAUAAAAACUUUUGCUUGUUCUAAAACGCCAUAACACGAAAUUAAAUUCAAGUUUUUCAAAUCAUGCUUAAUUUUGUAGCCAAUUUUAUGUAAAUCCCUAUAAAUUUUUACACUAAGUUCGAAAUUGUAACAAUAAUAACUUGGGAGAACAACCCUGUCGCUUCUUUAAAUUAUGAAAACAAACUUUGUCGUUCUCCUUGAGACAUUCAGUUAUUUUCUAAUUAAAUAAUUAUUAAUCCAAUAAUUUUAACAAUAAAAUUGAUCACAAGAUAAAUUCUUUUUUGAACGCUUAACAUUGUCAAAAAAAAUGACAAUUCGCAAAUUAUUUAUCAUCGUUGACAGUUACUAAGCUACAUUGUGGCUUGGCAACACUAGAUUAUUGUUACAAUUUCGAACUUAGUGUAAAAAUUUAUAGGGAUUUACAUAAAAUUGGCUACACAAUUAAGCAUGAUUUGAAAAACUUGAAUUUUAUUUCGUUUUGUGGAGUUUUAGAACAAGCAAAACUUUUUGUCAAGAAUGACAUUUUUCUCUAAAAUUGAAAAUAAAAAAGUUUUUCCUCUUGGGCACCCCAAUCGUGGACACACUGUAUUAACAACAUUAUUAUAGUGUAUAAUCCAUAAAAUAGAUCAUUUAGUAUUUGGAUACUGAUGCAACACGCUAAAUUACAUAAAUUGUAAUACACAAUUAUAAUAUAUUCUUUAACUUACUUCUUUUACUGCAGUUAAUGGUGAAAGGCGAUACCCAUUAUUUCUUUCUUGUUCAAAAUAAUCUAUUAAAGAAGGGUUUUGUUUUGAUAUUUUUCUAACACAAUCACAAUACACAACAAUAAUUAGUUUUUAAAUUAAGCUAUAUUUAAUAUGUAUUUAUAAAUACAGUACAGUUUUUUAAAGCUAUACAUUGUGACUCAAAUUGUGCACUAUGUGUACGAAAUAAAAACACACAAUUUUUACUAUGCAGCAACAUUGAACUAUCAUUAGUCAUUGGAGUUUCAAAAUUAUUUUAAACCCGUUCUUUGAAAACAAAAUUAUUAUUUUUUGGAGUAUCAAACAUAAACAAUUGUUUUAUAAAAUUUAUAUUAUUAAUAAUAAAAAAGGUUUUUGGUUAUUUAAUUAAUAUAAACUUACGUGUAUGGAAAUCGGCCCACUUAAAAAUUUGGUCAUUUUUUUGGACGUGUUAGAGCCUGAUUCUUUAACAAUACCACUGUAAUAAUAUUGUUGCUAAACAGGCAAAUUCUCAUUGUAUACUGGGUGUACCAAUCAAACUGUGUUUUUUUCUCAAAGUUCGCAUCACCCUGUGGAAUAUUCUAGCAUUUAUAAAAUAUUGAAAUUAAAACCCAACUAUAGCCUAAGAUUUUCUUAACAUUCUGUUUUUUGAUUCAUUCGUUUAUGUUGGAUAUUAAAAAAGUUAGGUAUUUUAACAACUAGACAUGUUCUUCAUCAAUACACGAUGUUUAUAAAUAAGUGCGACAAACUUCAAGAGAUAAUUAUGCAUGAAAAAAUAAUGACAGUUGGCUUUAUAAACGUAUGUCCGCAAAUGUUUCGUUUCCGAGAUACGUGAUGUUGAAUUGUUUCUUACAAACUGGCAAAGGAAAGGUAUUUUUCUAGGAUUAAAUCAAAAUACAAAUUUACUUGUGAGCUAUUUUCUUUAAUUUCAUAUUCUUACUUAUUAAUUUACAUAAUUUUACAAAAGCUUUGUGACAAUUUGUAGGUAGGUACAUACAUUUUGGAGACUUUCUUAUAAGUAACAUUUUAAUUUUAAAUUAUAUUUAACAUUUUCAACACUCUCUUAUAUAUAAUUUUGAAAAUACCUUUUAAAUAUAUCAUUAAUUUUAUCUGAAGCUCCCUUUAUAAGUUACACCUAAAUUUCACACUAUCAGGUGUAUCCUUAGCUCUAAUAAUAGAAAAUAAAUUUUCUAUACAGCGAAUUCAGUAUAUCGUGUAAUCUGUUUUGUUAGUUUAUUCCGAGUGUGUGUUUUACGUAAUGUUCUACGUAUCAAAUACAGUUUAAACAUACAGUACAAAACUUUACAUAAUGUUGCCGAAUAUUUCCUUUUAUUUUUAAAUACCUAAUAAUUGUUUUGGGACUGUGGAUAUUUAGAUUCUCAAAAUUAAGCAUAAUGGUUAAAAACUAUUUUUGAAACAGUAUUUUUGAAUUUUGAAAUUUCGUUACGUACUCGUAUUUCGUCACAAAUGUUAUGUGUAAUAUAUUUGGUAAUACAAUAUUUUUUCAAUAAA